GAUACCAGGAGUGUGAUGGUUUGCACUCCUACCCAGGCAGUCAGGGAGGGAGGGAGUGCAACAGAGAGUUGGUGAUGAGUAUUCAAAAACCAGUCCAUACGGAUGGAUAAGAGCAAAGGGGGUACAAAGGGGGGAGAAAAAGACAGAAUCCCACCAACAUUUCUGUCAGGACUAAUCUCUGUGGACUUGUUUUUCUCUGUCUGGGAUUCAGGAAAGAAAGAACAGCUGUCAGUUGUGUGACCCUUGUGUUUUCAUCAACGUUCAAUCCCUCUCCUUGGAUUACUGCUGGAAGGAGCAGGAGAUAAACCAGCAGUUCUCAUCAGUCGACCUACAUUGUUGCAGAGCUCUACUAGAACAGGGGACGGUGAAGUGUAUGGACCAGCCUCGGAGCAUCUGUGUUUACACUGCAUGGUCUCUGUGAAAGAAUGAUGUGGGACUGAAGGACAGACAGGUGAUGUGUGCAGUUCCGGCUUCCACAACUCCAACUCUGGUCCAUCUAAUGAACUCACUUCCACUACCUCUUGAGGACGACCUUCUUCUGAAUCGCUAAAUCAUGCCCCCAUGCACACAUAAAUACAUGUGAUCACACGUGUCAUGGUGAUCGGACACACAUGCACUCUAAUAAUCGCCUCUAUGCCCGCCAUCUCCAGUGAUCGAAGGUUCAGCAUGUCGAGAGUCAAAGUGGAGACCUGUGCUCGAUUUAUAAGUCAAUGGCGACUGGAGACAGAGACUGAUGAGAAAGGUGGUGAGUGAAGGCCUGUUCCAUUAGUGCUCCCAGGAGAGACAUGGGCCUGGAUGCUGCCCGGACGCACUGACCUCCCCUGGACAGAUUCUGGACAUUACUAUGGUGAAACUGGGGAAUCUAUAUGACUGGCAAACCAAGCGUCUUGGAGUACGAGUCAAUGGAUGUAACUAUUUUUUGUAUUUACAGAUCUGACUACUAUCAAAAAAAAAAAGCAAGGAUUUGGAUUGUACUAUGAACUGCACAUUGCAGGCCUGCUCAGGGGAAAGAGUCUGUGUUUCUUUGUUUUCUUGGUUGGCUGUGUCUGUCCUGCCUGGGAAUAUCAUGAGAUCAUAAACAGGAGGUGGCUCUGACAUCUUAUCCCUGUUCCACUCAUCCAUCAGUGCUCCAACCAUCCCCAAAGCAAACGGACCAGAGAUCUGAGAAACAGCCUUUAGAGGACGUUAGCCUGCAUUCUUUAAACAUCCAUGGGUGCAGGUGUCUGAUCCCUAAGCUUUCUUGCUGUUGUGGUCUGAUAGACAAGCAAACAAAAAAAAGCUGGCAGCCCACAGAAAGUCUUUGGCGAGACGGACAGGUGUUUUUCUGCCUGUCAGCCUCUCUGGGAGGGACCAGCAGUGAAAAGGAAAAGCCUCGCUGGGGGGCUCUGUUGGAGCGGAAACACUUUUCCACUGGCUAUGUUUGGAUGUGAUGCUUGUCUCUGUGGAUAGAACAUGGACUCUAUGGCCUGAUUACACAGCCCUGGUAUUCAGAUAGUGCUGGAGGGAAGGGAUAAUGCACAUCCUUCCCCGCCCGGAACAAGAAGCCACCAUGAGCAACGUCACAGUCACCGACAACACUGAACCCAUCAGCCGUACCAUGAGUCCGGAAACUCCCAGCCAGUAUCCCUAUCCUGUUAGUUUCCAGGUCUCCCUCACUGGCUUCCUCAUGCUGGAAAUCCUCCUGGGCCUGAGCUCUAACCUCACUGUUCUUGCUCUCUACUGUAUGAAGUCAAACCUCAUUAGUUCUGUCAGCAACAUUGUCACAAUGAACCUUCAUGUGUUGGAUGUUCUGGUUUGUGUGUGCUGCAUCCCCCUCACCAUCGUGGUGGUGUUGCUUUCCCUGGAGGGAGACACGGCUCUCGUUUGCUGCUUCCAUGAGGCCUGUGUCUCCUUUGCAAGUGUUGCCACUGCCGCUAAUGUGCUUGCCAUCACCCUUGAUCGCUACGACAUUUCAGUCAAACCAGCCAACCGGGUUCUGACUAUGGGCCGUGCUCUGGCCCUGCUGGCUACCAUCUGGGUGCUAUCUUUUGUUAGCUUCCUUGUACCCUUUAUUGAGGUGGGCUUCUUCGCCCACGGCAAUGCUGAGCUCAACCAGACAAUGGUGGAGAAUGUCGUCCAUACUAACCAAUACUAUACAGAACUUGGCCUCUAUUAUCACUUGCUUGCUCAGAUUCCUAUUUUCUUCUUUACUGCCAUUGUCAUGCUCAUCACCUACUCAAAGAUCCUGCAGGCACUCAAUAUACGCAUCGGCACACGCUUUCAUGCCUCACAGAAGAAGAAGGCUCGCAGGAAAAAGCGCCCAUCCAUGACGGCCAUGACAGCGCAGCAAGAGGCAACCGAUGGAUCGCAGAGCAGUGGCAGCCGCAACCCCACACUGGGCAUGCGUACCUCUGUCUCUGUCAUCAUCGCGCUGCGCAGGGCUGUUAAGCGCCACAGAGAAAGGCGAGAGCGCCAAAAGAGGGUUUUCAGGAUGUCCCUCCUGAUUGUGUCUACCUUCCUGCUGUGCUGGACACCAAUCACAGUACUCAACACAGUCAUCCUGAGUGUGGGCCCCAGUGACCUAAUGGUCAAGUUGAGACUGGGUUUCCUGGUCAUGGCUUAUGGAACCACUAUCUUCCACCCUUUACUCUAUGCCUUCACUAGGCAGAAGUUUCAGAAAGUCUUGAAAAGCAAGAUGAAGAAGCGAGUGGUGUCGAUCAUUGAGGCAGAUCCCACCCCUAAUAAUGCCAUUAUCCAUAACUCCUGGAUUGACCCAAAGAGGAACAAAAAGGUGACAUUUGAGGACAAAGACGCCCAACAGAAAUGUCUGUCUUCUGAGGAUGUGGACUGAAGCAAGUCAUUAUCUUUAGGUUAUACAGUCAAUAAAAGCAGCUAAACUGACAUCAGGUCAGUGUUGAAAAAGGGAAAAUGUUAAUCCAAAGCAGUAAUGUAAAUAACAUGUGCAAUAGAAUGUACAAAAAACAAGACGUGGAUAAUUUAUUACUAUUUAUUGAGAAGAAAAGUAGGUUUCAUAGACGCAUUAUAUACUGUACUGUAGAUACUGCAUGGCUUUUUGUAAUGUAACAACAUACAGUAUAUUGUGUACAUACAUAAUACAUGUACAGUUUAGGGUAAAUGUUAUAUAAAUAGAGAGAGUAGGAAGUCUGAAUCGUUAUGUAUAUGUAUAUUUAUAAUAAAUAUGUGUUCACUCACAUAACGCAG